CGAUGCUGACAGAUAUUAUUGGAUUUUUCAUAGAAACGGCAGUGCAACACAGAUAUUUAAGAACAGAGCACGCAUUGAUAAAGUUAGAUGACGGAUAAAGCGAACGUUAGGAUGAGAUUGAUCAAAAUUUAUUCAUCGACGGAUUAUUAACACAGUUGCUGCUGCAACAUGCGUUGACCUUGAAGAAAACAAUUUAACCUAUAACGCUCAAGAAGUUUUCGAUGGUUUACAGCAUUAUUGACUUCACCAGUGUUACUUUAUAGAAAAUAUCUACCAAUAGAGAAUACGGGAACAAACUAUUGCUUGUAACAACAGGAAAUUCGUUAAGUGAAGUUUUAGGAAACAACUAUUACUGUUGGAUCUUUAUCCUUUCUUAAAAAAAAAUAUGUGGACUACUUUGCAUGAAAACAAAAAGCUAAAACGUUGUUAAGUUUUUACUGUAGUAACUCCAUCGCUUUAUAUGGACAGUAAAUGCUUUUCUCCUUUUUUUUCAAUUGGAAGUUUGUAUCAACAGGGGUGACACUAUAUAAUAACUUGAAUACACACAAUACAAAACGAGUGACACAUUUUCAUAUUCAGAUCGUUUGAAAUAGACCCAUGGUGCAGUUGUUUUCAACAUAAUACAGAAUUUAGAGCGACGCUGUCACUAUUUGAUACACAAGUACAAAGGAAAAUAUUAAAGUUGUGACAUGUGACACAGUUUCAAAUUUACAUUAUCCAUCUUCAAAAUAAGUGCCUAAUAUAAUAUUUGCAUACUUGUAAUACCGCAAAAUGGAAAAUCAAACAUGUUUUGAAUAUAACAAUUGUUCAAAUCACAGUAACGGUUCCUAUUACGCUCAUUUUGGAGGACCAGCUGUUCACCCAGUGUCAGAGUUUAUCUAUGAUUAUAUCUGUCCUGUGUUGGCAGUUGUGGGAAUAGUCUGCAAUACGAUCACAUUUAUUGCUCUUCUACGACCACCAAUCAACAGCAUUUCAGUGUCUGUAUACUUAAAGGCGUAUUGUAUUGCAGCAAUUCUUACAUGGAUCCUAAUGAUAAAACUGAACUGGGUGUUAGACAAGUCGGAGUCACGACACUUUAGUAGUAUGUCUCAAAUUAGCUGCCGAAUUUGGUCUUUCCUUACGUGUAUUGUGACAUUUUCUGGAUUUUGGUUCAUAACUGGUGCAGCGGUAGAUAGAGUGUUUAUUCUUUGGACUCCUAUAAAAGCGCAAAGCCUAUGUACAGUGUUCAUGGCAAAGAAUGCAGUUGUUUUCAUCUUAAUAGGUUUGACUGCUGUUAGCAUACAUGCCCUAUGGAUGUACAAUAUGUCGCCGCAAUUUAUUUGCUAUUUUGAGAGGGGGGAUUAUUUCAAUAGGCUUUGGCUAUGGGCCUCAGGUUUUCUAUUGGGAUGUCUGCCUUUAAUUUUGUUAUUCACCUUCGGAAACUUGAUGAUUAUACGCUUUUGUCUUAAACAUCAUGGUAGACAAAUGCCAGACCUAUCGAAAAAUGAAAUAGACGUAACAUAUGCUGUCAUGAUAAUUUCGCUCAUAGUUUUCUCAUGUGCAAUGCCGUCGAAUGUUCUACACUUUAUGCAUAUAAUGAAUGACGAAAACGGAAGAAGUCUUACUCUUCUAUUUGAAUUUGCAACAUAUAUUUCUUGGAUAUGCUAUCUGUGUGUGUUUUACGUGCUUAUUAUUCGAUGUAACGUAUUUAGGGAUUCUCUUAAGGACGCUUUUAAUGAAAUUAUAUCUCGCCUAAGAAGGAAACGUGCACAUAUCGAGUUGAAAACAUUAAAACCGGAAUAUAAUCAAGUACCUUCUACUUCUACAAGUGUGUAACUGCCUGCUACAACAGGACAAUGCCAUGUGUUGAAAGGCAUAACAGUUAGAAAGGUUGUUGUUAAUUAAUGCAUUUCAUUUACGAAAUGUUGUUAAACCAGUUUCCGUGUUGCCUUGAGAUUGGAUAAUUCAAAUGUGCUUUGACAACUUAUUACAAAUAGAACAGUACCAUUUUCAUUAUUGAAGAAAUAAACACCAAAGAAUAAUCAAAUAUCAAACACUUCUACAAAAAUCUACCGACCGAUUUCAUUUUCCAUCAUUGUACACGUAGUGCAAAGACUACGAAUGCUUGCUAUCCACGCAUCUUUUUUUUAAAAAAAGUAACUAAUUUAAAACUAGUUUCCUUGUUGCCUUGGAAUGGGAGUAUGCAAAGUGCAUUUAUAGCUUGGUAGAAGUACCACGUUACCAUUUGGAUGGUUCAUAUGAAGAAAAGUUUUAUAUCACUUUAAUCUAAAGAGCAGAUUUCCCAACCCGGCUGUGAUAUACAGCAUUGACUAUGAAAUCGUUUCAAUGUAUUUGAACAAGAAAUGUAUUGAACACUACCUAUUCUGAUAGAAUUUGCUUCAUGAAAAGUGUUAAACAGACUCAGUGCUCAUCUUUCACUGACAUAAUUAUCUUCAGGUAUUAUCUAAAAAAAAAUAGAAAAUCCUCAAUAAUGGCUUUUUAAUUUUGUUAAAUAUUUGAAUUAAUUGUGUAUGUACAGAAGUAUUCACAAUUACAUGUCAAGCAGUAACAGUAGAUAAUACCCGGGUCCGCUCUACUAGUAGUUCUUUUUCCUAUUCCGCAAAUAUAUCUGACAGGAUUGAUUGUAUAUUUAAUUUUGACAUUCAAAAAUACCUUUCAGAAUUGACUGCAUUGCUAUUUUUGACAUUUCAAGACUAAUUUUAUAGUCUAAUUUGACAUCCGCCAAUUUUUUUUAAUAUACUUGUCAGAAUUGAUUCUAUAUUUUAUUUUGACAUUCGCGAAUAUCCCUUUCAGAAUCGACUGUAUAUUAUCAUGAUUAUUGAUGUUCGCAAAAUUACACGUCAGAACUAAUGAUAUUGUUUAUUUUGACAUUUGAAAAUAUACCUGUCAAGAUUGAUUCUAUGAUUUAUUUUGACAUUCCCAAAUGUACCUGUCAUGACUGGGUUUAAGUCUAUGGUUUAUUUUGACAUUUGCAAAUACAUCUGUCAGGAUUGAUUCUAUAGUUUAUUUUCACAUUCACAAUAUACCUAUCGGGUUUGCUUCUAUAUUUUACCUGGACAUUGGAAAAUAUACAUUUCAGGAUUUAUAAUUGUAUAUUUUUUUUGAUAUUUGUCAAUAUACCUGUCAGGAUUGAUGCUAUAAUUUAUUUUAACGUUCGCAUAUAUACCUGGUAGGACUGACUCCAUAGUUUAUUGGCAUUAUUUUUAGAUGACGAGGACAACAAUGACUUCACAAAAUAGUAUGAAGAAACUUUGUUUUUAAAUCUUAAUUAUUAGUAACUCCUCGGUAAAUACACGAGAUAUUUGAUAUUCAGAUGGUAUAUGUUUUCCUUACAAAUACGAAUUCAUUUUGCGUCGAACGAAAAAAAUAUGUGAAAACGGUAUGAGUGUGAGUAAGACUUCUAUUCAUAAAAAUGUCAUGUUUGCUGUGUCUUUUACUACCCUGGAUGUAAAAUAUAAAUAACGAUACACUUACAGCUAUUUUAUGCUAUAUAACGAGAAGUGUAUAAACCAUUAUUGUAUGUACAUGUAUAUUGAUGUUUAAGUAUUUGCUCUUUUUCAGGAACUAUUUUGAAAUUAAAAUAUUAUGUCUUA